GAGAGCGACUGGUUGGUCCCUUGCUCACGACUGGAAGAAGAUGAGCUCAAGCUAUCGGAGUGAGACCAGCAGCAGCAGCUGUGGAACCCAGCCUCCAGAGGUGCUGCAGUGGCAGCCCCAGCAUUACCACUGCUACCAUCAGUCUAGCCAAGCCCAGCAGCCUCCAGAAAAAAACGUAGUGUAUGAGCGAGUGAGGACCUACAGUGGGCCCAUGAACAAGGUGGUGCAGGCCUUGGACCCCUUCAACUCAAGGGAAGUGCUCUCCCCUCUCAAAACUGCCUCCUCCUACCAAAAUUUGGUUUGGAGCAACCACUCUCAGGAACUCCAUUCUCCAACUUUAAAAAUAUCUACAUGCGCCCCAAGCACUCUACAUAUAAGCCAAAGUACUGAACAGGAACUUCAUUCUCCAAUGGUGAAAGUUACUACAUAUCCACAGACCACUAUUAGGAAAUAUGUAAUACAAAAUCCUGAACAGGAACCACUGUCUCAAUUCUUAAGAGGAGGCCAUUUUUUCUCAGGAAACAACAUUAUUUAUGAAAAAACAAUAAGAAAAGUGGAGAAGCUGAAUACUGAUCAGGAAUGCCCUCCUCAGGUUCAGUGCCAUCAUCACAUUGUCCAACAGCCCCAAGUCAUCCACUCUUCACACUGGCAACAACCUGAUUCUAGCCAGCAAACUCAAACCAUCACAGGAAACGAUUCAAUUUCUACACAUGUUGGAAAUAAACUGUGCCAUAGUGGAUCAAGCCAGAUUCAUGAGCAGGUGAUAAUUCAGGAUGAUGGCCCUGAAAAAUUGGACCCCAGAUAUUUUGGAGAGUUGCUGGCUGAUCUGAGCCGUAAGAAUACGGAUCUAUAUUACUGCUUAUUAGAACAUUUGCAGAGAAUUGGAGGAAGCAAACAGGACUUUGAGUUGACAGAUGAGUCAGAAGACAUUGAAUCAUUGAUUCCUAAAGGAUUGUCAGAGUUUACAAAACAGCAAAUUCGCUAUAUUCUGCAGAUGAGGGGUAUGUCUGAUAAGUCACUCCGUUUAGUGCUGUCCACAUUUAGCAACAUACGGGAGGAGCUUGGACAUCUUCAAAAUGACUUGACAUCUCUGGAAAAUGACAAGAUGAGACUUGAGAAAGACUUAUCAUUCAAAGAUACUCAAAUAAAAGAGUACAAAGAACUCUUGGCAUCGGUGAGAGCAAAUAAUCAGCAGCAGCAGCAGGGACUUCAAGACUCAAGUUCAAAAUGCCAGGCACUGGAAGAAAACAAUCUCUCUCUUCGACAUACACUUUCAGACAUGGAAUACAGACUAAAAGAAUUGGAAUACUGCAAACGUAAUUUAGAGCAAGAGAAUCAAAACCUUAGAAUGCAGGUUUCUGAGACUUGCACAGGGCCAAUGCUGCAGGCUAAAAUGGAUGAGAUUGGCAACCAUUACACAGAGAUGGUAAAAAACUUGAGAAUGGAGAAAGAUAGAGAGAUCUGCAGACUGAGGUCUCAAUUAAACCAGUACCAAAAAGAUGUUUCAAAGAGAGACGGAAGUUGUAGUGACUUCCAAUUUAAGCUCCAUGAACUGACAAGCUUGCUGGAAGAGAAGGAUUCUCUUAUAAAGCGUCAGUCAGAGGAACUCUCAAAGUUGCGGCAAGAAAUAUACUCAUCUCAUAACCAACCCUCCACUGGUGGAAGGACUACUAUUACCACUAAAAAGUACAGGACACAAUAUCCAAUCCUAGGCCUCCUGUAUGAUGACUAUGAAUAUAUACCACCAGGUAGUGAAACAAAGACUAUUGUGAUUGAGAAAACAGAAGACAAAUACACUUGUCCAUGAAUGGAUCCACUUUUAAGUAUUACUACUCAAAGGCAUGUUUUGUGUGUGUGUGUAUCUGCAUUAGUCCUUUCUUAUUUUCCCAUCACUAAAGGCCAAUCAGAAUUUGGAACCAUGCUGCUAUCCAAGAAAUCUAAUGGAAUGAAUUAGUUCUGUAUAUGAGAGUUUCUUCAACCAUUUAGGAGAGCUAAAUUUUCUCCAUAACACUUAUGUAUUCAGUUUAACAACAAACUAACUGAAAGAGGAAUCUGAUUAUUUAAAGUUUGAUUGCAGACACUGUAGAAUAUAACUCACUAUUUUUCAGAUAGGGUGCCUCCUAGGUAUGGAAAUAAUUUGUUGGAAAAUAUAUUUUACAAGUUAUGCCAUUAGAUAUUCUCUGAUAUUAUAUGUGCAGUUCAGUUACAAGAUGAAAUUACGUUUUUUUUUAACAAAAAAGAUAAAAUACAUUGAAGUAAAAAACAAUAGCUAGUGUAUAAUAUAUACAGUCUAAAUUUGCUUUUCACACUAGGCCUUGUGACUAAAAGAUAUGCUUCAUUACAUGCUAUUUUCACCUCUUGGAGAUAUAGCUCAGUCAAAGGUGACGAUUAAUUUUAUUUAGCAGGGAAGUGGAAUAUUAUAUUUUGAAAUAACUAAGUCUAGUAAAUUACACAGUAUGCUAUUCUGGUUCUAAGUACAUAUUAAUGCCUUAGUAAAUCUGUUCUUUCAAAGCAUACCUUUCACAAAUGAGCCCACCUAUUUCUUAUAAAACAUAUAACACAAUAUGGUAGUAGGAGGUGGAAGGAAGGUAAGCAUUUUCAUGGUGGUAUGUAAACAUAUCAUUGAAAUAUUACAUAGACAUAAAAGCUUAGGGAAUAAAAAUAGCAACAACAAAUACUUGAUAGAUUUAUCCUACUUGGGAGAAAUAUUUUGUAGCAGAGUAUUUAGUAUACUUAGAAGUUGGUUGAACAAUUGGGCUUUAAUGACCUUACAAAGUGAACAUAACUGAUAUAAGUAUUUUUUCAGUGCAAAAUGAGGAUGAAAAUUUUAAAUUUCAACCCAUCUGACUAAAGUUAAGACUUAGUAAAAUUUAAAAUAUUGCCUUUGUCCAAGUAUAGAUUAAGGCAACAAACAUAUUUGAAUUACAUAAUUUGAAGUUUCGCAAUGAAAUAUCUUUGUAUGUAUCCACAUAAUUCUGUAAUGCCUUAUAAUUAUAUUUUAAUAUGCAUUAUACUAAGAAACCAUUAAGAACAGAUGAGGUGCUACAGUAAAUCAAACCAUAAAUGAGAAAAAUACUUUUAAUGUCUUUUUCUAGAAAUAUUCAAAUGGUCUUGAUAUGAAACUAGAGGCCUUAUUUAUAUUAUCUUAAUAUUUUGGCUAAAAUGUUAAGCUCCAUAACAUGAAUUAAUACAAUUCAAAUUUUAUCAAUAUUUUGUGGUAGAAAAAUGUUAAUAUUCUUCAUGGGCUAUAUAGUCCUUACAUUUUUUCCUUUGGUGUAGGAACAACAGAGGAGUUUUUCCUCUGCUAACUAUUCAUAUAUGUAACUGUAACAAAAGUGUACUAUAUUAUGCACACAUUACAGAUAAUAUAAGGGGAAGCUUUAUUAGCUUAAUAAGGAACUGCUAUUAUUAAGGUUUAAAAAUGAGAACAGGUGUGAUUUUUCCAAAAUAUUUAAAAAUCUAAAAUUCAGAAGUUGUGGAUGGAACUAGAGGCCACUAUGUUGACAUAAGCCAGGAACAGAAAGACACCUAAAAUACAAUUAAAAAAAAGAAAGACAAACAUUGCAUGUUCUCAAUUAUUUGUGGGAUCUAAAAAUCAAAACAAUUGAACUCAUGAAUAUAGAGAGUAGAAGAAUGGUUACCAGAGGCUGGGAAAAAGGAUGUGUGAGGGGAACUGGAGAUGCAUAAUGGGUACAAAAACCAUAUCGAUAGAAAGUAUGAAUAAGACCCAGUAUCUGAUAGCACAACAGGGUGACUGUAGUAAAUAAUAGCUUAAUUUUACAUUUUAAAAUAACUAGAAGAGUAUAACAGGAUUGCUUGUAACACAAAUAAUACUUGAGUGGAUGGAUACCCAAUUCUCUAUGAUGUGAUUAUUUCACAUUGCAUGCCUGUAUUGAAAUAUCUCAUGUAUCCCAUAAAUAUGUAUACCUACUAUAUAUCCACAAAAAAAAAAUUUAAAAAGUAAGAAGUCAGCACUUUAUUGGCUCACUUGAUCCAUGGAUAGUGAAUUGAGAUCAUAACAAUGUCCCUUAUCGUACUUAACAAUUUUUUAAAUUGUAAUACAAAAUGUAAUGAUAUAAAGAGCUAUUCUAUUUAAAUGACUAUUUAAAUAUAUAUACAUUUCUUUUCCAAUUUAUGAUUAAGAUCAAUAGAAUUAGUAGUGAUAUAUUUCCCUCUCAUAAGUUUCACACUGCUUAUCUCUGAAAACUUCAAAGUUGUCAGGUGAAGAGUGCCUAUUUAUCUAAUUUCUAUUCUAGCAUAUUUUCACUUUAGAUGUGUCAAAUAAAAUGGAGACUGUGCAAAGGCAUGCAAAGUAAUCUGUUUAUGUGUCUAAAUAAAAUAUGUGAAGUGUUUACAUGGUUUGUGUGAAUGUCCAAGUAGGAAAUAUGCAGAAGGAUUUUUAGCUUAGCUGUGUAUUUUUGUCAGGAAACUAUCAUCAUGUGAAUGUUUAUGUUGAAGCUAACAAGCAUCGCUCUCAUUAAAAACAAAACAAAAGCAGAAAA